AUGACAUCGUUGGAAAGUGCGGAACAGAGCGAUCCUUCUGCGCAACAGACCGCGCAACAGACCGAAAAGAUCGACUCGGCUUCAGCUUCGUCCGACCCAUUCUUUCGCGUGCGCCUCAUCAAUAUUGAUCACAUCCUCACAGUGCCGACGCCGUUUGACCGCACCUCAUGCGCUUUCAAUGCCGAAGGACAGCCGCUUCGGAAGGUGCCUGUCCUCCGCCUAUUUGGCGCUACUCCUGCAGGUCAGCGCGUCUGCCUGUACAUCCACAAUGUCUAUCCAUAUUGUUAUAUCCAAUACAAGGGCUCCCUCGAUCCCGACAAUGUCCUCAGAUACAUCCAUCGGCUGGGUCGGGGGCUGAAUGCUGCCAUGGCUGCAUCGCUCCGCCGCAAUCUGCACGACACGGACGCCAACCAGUUCAUUGCCGCUAUUCACCUCUGCAAAGGGGUCAACUUCUACGGCUACCAUGUCGGAUACUCGUACUAUCUCAAGAUUUCGUUUGUGGAUCCAGCGCAUAAUUAUCGCAUAGCAGCCAUACUUGAGUCGGGAGGGGUCAUGAAGACGGUCUUUCAGCCUUUUGAGAUUCACAUUCGCUACCAGCUUCAAUUCAUGCUCGAUUAUAACAUCUUCGGUUGCGACUAUGUCGACUUGGACGACAUCCGCUUUCGACUUCCGAUUCCAGAAGGAAAUCUGGUUGCCAACGAUGACUUGUCUCCCCUCGACUCUCGCAGCAAGAUUUGGAAUCGUAACUCGAUACCUUAUGCCCACGUGCAGGCCCCAGACGUACAUCGUGGCUCAUACUGCGAGCUCGAAGCCGAUGCGAGUGCUCCGUGGAUCAUCAAUCGACGCAGAUUUAAACAGAGAGACAUUCACAGCAACUUUGAUGAGACUUCUACCACUCCAUCCGACCAAGAUAUCCUUGUUCCAAGCUUGUCAGGACUCUGGGAGGAUGAAAUGAAGCGACGGAAAGCAGCUGGAUUGCCGCCUUCGAUACCGAGAGAAGAUCCAGCUCGGGAUCCUCGGCUAUAUGCUAGCGGAGAUUCUCCAACAUGGAUGUCAGAGGAACGCAUGCGACUUCUACUCGAAAAACGUCUGAUCGAGGAGAAGCAAAAGACGCUACCACGCGAGCGCAAUGCUAGCCACUUUACCGAUCGCCCCGGGCUGGAUGAAUAUAUCAUGACCACAUUUGACGCUGUGGAGGUGUUUCACCCAUAUCAAGAUCAGAUUCACGCUGCUGAUCCUUACUCUCAACGCACAGGCCCCUCUGCCUCUUCUAGGCUGUACGACUUGCAGCACGCCAUUUCUCAAACUCAGCAAAGUCCACCGGACCAGAUGGAACCUACUCAGUUGACCCAACAGCUGAAAGAGGAGGAAGACGACUUUGAUGACGAAUUCUUUCAGAGUCAAGACUUCAAUCAUCGCCUCCAGUCAGCCGAAAAGGAGGCGAUGUCAGCCAACCAAGAUCCACCAUCGGAUCAAGAGGAUGACGCCAACGAUGCCGAUCAGGUCGAGCCGGCAUGGGCGCAGCCUGAUGGCCCAGGCACGCCUUGCAAGUGGCAUAGGACCGAAAGCUCCCACUCUAACUCAAACACCGCAUCUAGUAGCACCUUCAGCAAAAGCCCUUCCUCUACGCCCAAAAGGCGUCAUCACGCCGAUGUUCUCGGAAGCGAUAAGACAACGUCAACAGCAAGCCCUUCGUCCAAGCCAUCAAAAGAGGUUCACGAAGACAGCGUACGCAGAUUCAAAAAAGCCAAGCAUGAGCAUUCGACGGCCAGUACGAAUGCAACUAGUGGAAGCCGUUCUGGUCAUGCGAUAAACUCUGUCCGAUCCACCAAAGUCCGCUUCGUCGAGGCAGGUUCGUCAGCACCAGCAGCCAGAUUGCGCCAGCAGGAGACGUCAUCGUUGCAGCAUAGCUCUGCAUCGCGCACGCGUUUUCUCACCUUUCACGAAUCGGCUCCGUCCUUGCGCGACGUCGUCGGGACCUUUCCGCUCUUCUCCAUCGCCCGCCAAAUCCAUCCCGAGCCUUUUUUCAGCAACCCAAGUGAUCUGCCAGCACGUCCACGAGAAUACGCCGGCCGUAUGUUCCAUUUUCAAUCUCAUUCGUUGCCUUACCUACGCUCGUUCGAUCAUUGGGACCAGAAAAGCGAACAUGUUGCGUCCACUCAGAAGGACAAGCCACCGAAACGCCUCUACUGGCAGUUCGGACCACCACCUCCAACGUUGCUCGAAGCUCGGGCGUGGCGGCAAAAGGAGAAGGUGAUUGAAAGGCAGCGUUCAAAACGACGACGAGCACGACUUCUCUCUCAGAUUGAGAGGCUGACCCAGGCCAAUGACUUUGGAUUCAAGAUCUCGCAGCACAAGGCGACUGCGCUGGUGAAGCGGGACAAACAGCACAUGACGACGCUCGCUGUUGAGGUAAUGACUACUACGCGUGACAGCCUCUUCCCAGACCCGGCCUUGGACGCCAUACAGUCCAUCGUCUACUCCUUCCAGAACGAGGACGAAAAUUUGCAGGACACUGGCAGUCGACCUGAUCUCCGCACCGGUCUCAUCAUCGUCAGUGGGGACGAAAUCAACUUCGACCGUCUUGGUCUGUCGCACCUGGCUGUGGAGGUGGUUGAAGAUGAGCUGGAGCUAUUCAAUACUCUGAUCGACCUUGUGCGCGCGUUUGAUCCGGAGAUUCUCGUUGGCUGGGAAAUUCAUUCCUCCUCGUGGGGCUACAUCGUUGAACGCGCCAGCAAAGAGUACGACUAUGAUCUCGUCCCUCAGAUCGGCCGAGCAAUCAUCCACAAUACCGGGCGGGCGGGGGGCAAGUCGGACAAUUAUGCGUAUACUCAAUCGUCCGCCCUUCGCUUUACUGGCCGACACACGCUCAAUCUCUGGCGUCUCAUGAAGGGAGAGCUUACACUGAAUCUGUACACGCUUGAAAAUGUCUGUUACCACCUACUUCACCGUCGUAUACCAAAAUACUCGCAUCAGACGUUGACGCAGUGGUACAAGUCCGGACGCGCCGAGCUGAUCAGAAGAGCACUGCUGUACUAUGUCGACAUGGUUGAAUUGGAGCUUGAGAUUAUCGCGGAAUCGGAGUUCGUCCUGCGAACCGCCGAAUUCGCGAGGAUCUAUGGGAUCGACUUCUUUUCGGUGAUAUCCAGAGGCAGUCAGUUCAAGGUGGAGAGUAUCAUGCUUCGCAUCGCAAAACCAGAAAACUUUGUGCUCAUCUCACCGAGCCGAGCGCAGGUGGGCAAACAAAAUGCAGCGGAAUGUCUUCCGCUCAUCAUGGAACCCCAGUCGGCGUUCUACAAGGGGCCGUUGAUCGUACUGGAUUUCCAGUCGCUCUAUCCUUCGAUCAUGAUCGCGUACAACCUGUGCUACUCGACCUGUCUCGGCCGUGUCGCAGGUUUCAAAGGGACUAGCAAAUUUGGUGUCACCGAAUACGCGCCACCCAAAGGCCUGCUGAGUCUGUUACAAGACGACGUUAACAUCUCUAGCAAUGGAUUGCUAUUUGUCAAGCCGAGCGUGCGCAAGUCGCUGCUGGCUAAGAUGCUUUCCGAGAUCCUGGACACGCGUGUCAUGGUCAAAAGCUCGAUGAAAGCUACCAAAUCGGACAAGUCGUUCCAGCGCAUUCAGAACGCGAGGCAAAUCUCGCUCAAACUGCUUGCUAAUGUGACGUAUGGCUACACAUCUGCGAGCUUUUCUGGCCGCAUGCCGUGCGUCGAGAUCGCUGAUGCGAUUGUUCAGACAGGACGAGAGACGUUGGAAAAAGCGAUGGACCUGAUCAACGGGACAGAAGAGUGGGGUGCGCAAGUCGUGUACGGCGAUACCGAUUCUCUCUUUGUCUACCUUCCAGGAAGGACCAAGGAGGAAGCGUUUACAUUGGGCAACGUUAUUGCUGACAAAGUCACAAGCCUGAAUCCGCGUCCAGUCAAGCUCAAAUUCGAAAAGGUCUAUCUUCCCUCUGUGCUUCUGGCCAAGAAACGGUAUGUGGGCUUCAAGUACGAGACGCUCGACGAGCGCGAGCCUGGGUUUGAUGCCAAAGGGAUUGAGACAGUACGACGCGAUUUCCAUCCUGCCAUUCAGCGCAUGCUCGAAGCGUGCAUUCGGAUUCUCUUCCGUUCUCGCGAUCUGAGUCUGGUGAAAAGUUACCUGCAGCGUCAGUGGCGAAAGAUCCUCGAGGGGCGUGUCAGCGCACAAGACUUUAUCUUUGCCAAAGAGGUGCGACUCGGAUCAUAUAGCGAUAAAGUGGCGCCGCCGCCGGGUGCUGCUGUGGCGUCGAGACGCAUGUUAGCGGAUCCGCGAUCCGAGCCGCAGUACGGAGAGCGUGUGCCAUACAUCAUUUCUCAGGGAGAGCCAAGGGCCAAGUUGAACCAACAGGCCGUCUCACCGGAGGCGUUUCUCAAAGACCCACAGCUUCAGAUCAACGCGCUGUACUACAUCACCCGCACAAUCAUCCCACCGCUAGCUCGCGUGUUUAAUCUGCUGGGCGCCGAUGUCGAAGCGUGGUUUCACCACAUGCCGAAGCCCAACAAUGCCUACUGGAACAAACGGCCCACUGCUGCUCUGUUAUCUGCCCUUCUCGCUCAACAGGACCCAUCGAGCUCGACGCACGAGAUCGGUUCCGACUCGGCCGCUUCUAAAGCGACGAGCAGCACAGCAAUUGCGACGCUCAACUCCCACUACGCCACCGAGACAUGCUUGCUCUGCUCAUCGCGUACCGAGGCACUCGUCUGUCUCGACUGCCGCCAAUCGCCCCUCGAAAGCAUCCACGCCACAUCGUCCAAGUUGCACAAGCUCGAAGCGCAGGUAGCUGCCAUCGACAGCAUCUGCUCCACCUGCGCACACAUGGAACGACCCGGCCCCGUCGACUGCGUCAGCUUCGACUGCCCGUACACAUAUCAAAAGACCAAAGUGCACAAGUCGCUCCAAGAUACCGCUCUGGUGCACACAUAUAUCUCACGACUGUUUGACUCAGAGCCGCAACGUCAGGCUGUGGUGGAUGACGCAUGGACCGGAACCAAGAACCUCAACGACGGCAUCAGUUGA